GUGGUUUGGUCGUCGCGCGCCACUCGGACAGAGCUCGGCGCAGCGCACGCGCGCACCUGACUCCACGACUUGUACGGACCGCACGUACCGCACGUAUCGCACGCAGUGCACGCGCACGGACAGUGUAUCGGAGUGUUGACUUUUGUGAUUCGUACACAUUUUUUUUAGGUGGUCCACUUUUGGUGUUUUUGAGAUUUCGAGAUAACGAGAUUGAGAUACCAACGAAGAUACUUCACAACCUACAACUAUUAACAAAGACUGACAAUGGAGUACUUAAGGCACUUGGUUUUGGCAGCGGUCUUCUUAAGCCUCAUCAUCGACUCGCAAUGCGCUCCGAGGAGAUCAAGAGCAGCAAAACUACCCGAAGAGACGAGCCGAGAUAGCAAACUUCAGGACGAAUUCAAAGAAGCCACUACCACUACGCAAUCGGUGCCAACUAACAGAAGAAACAAGGCCUUAAACCUUUUUGGAUACUAUCCUUCCUUUUUAACAUCAAGUUUCGACUACGCUGAUGAUGAUGAUGACGUAAACUUCACCGUCAAUGACGAAAACUUUGAAGAUGAGGAGAUAUCCCGAACUAUUCCUACCAGACGCCGUCAGCAGAAUAAGAAGAAGAAUGGCAACGGAGAUGCUUACCCGAACGAUAGCAUCAACUCCUUGCAAUACGAUAACUCUCCCAUUUUCUACAUUCGGUUGCCUCCUACUCCGUACAUGUUUGUGCCAGGUUUAGGCUACGUUUCUCAACCGCCCAGCAUUGGUCCUCCUAUGUCUCCGUUAAUGCCACAACCGGUUCCACCCCAAGUCGCUGAUCCGUUCAUCAACUUGCCAAUCGACUUUGUAUCGAAUGGCAAGCCAACUGGGGUCUACCAGUGGAGUGGGGCUCCUGCUUACCCACAAGUCCCUCAAAUGCCAGUCGAUCCGUUUGGCUACGGUCAGCCAAUGAUGCCAGCCCGUCCAAGCUACAACGUCCCUACUUACCAACCGAAGCCCAAACCCGUACCAUCUAACUCUAAAGUGACCAAUUUGAAAGGCCAGUACGUUUUCAACGGCAAACCUGGCGAAAACGUGUACGUGCUCAGAGACACGUACAACUCAAUUUAUUCGGAUGCUCUUCAAAACUUCUACCCUUAAGUGACUGUAUUAGAUUAAGAUAGGAAUGACUCGUAUCGAGUCGAUGUAAGCUAGUAACAUGUGGACCAACUUGCCUUGUAAGUUGUAAAAUAAUUUGUAUGGAAAAUCGGAAAUUAAAUUAUUCGGAAGAAAGUCGCGAUGUUACGGACAUUGUGCAAUGUUUUAUAGCAUCCAAACUGCAAUUACACACGUAACUGCGAGAAAUCGAUAAUAAUUAGCUAUUCACAUGACUUACCGCAUACGGGGCUGGGUGAAAUGAAAUACACAUUUUGUGGUGUGAGAUCAACCUUAUGAUUAGCAUGAACUUAAUUACAGUCGUCUAAACGGUUUUGGAAAUUGAUAAUAAAUAAUGUAGUUACCCAUGAAGCAAAAGUUACAUCGUAAAUAAUAUCCCAUAUAAAUACACCUGAAAUGGUAAACGGUUUUAUUUAGUGUCGUAAGUUACGACUGCCCCGAUGGCGUAGAUGUAUUACAGUACGACUGCAGUACUGAGGUCUCGGAUUUGGUCACGGUUCGAGAAAAUAAAUAUUGAGUUUUAUCAGUCUGAAAUAUCUGUCCGAUAUGGCGAUAGACUCGCCCCCUAGUACAUUAUGGGACGAAAUCCACACGGCCGAAAGUGUGUGCACCUGUAACCCCUUACUCCUUCGGGAAUAAAAGACAUGACUGUGUGUGUGCGUAAGCUACGAAUGCCUGUAAUACUAAUGAUGUAUCAAGACCUCUCUAGUUCAUGUAACUUUUAUUUUGUGGUUAUUUUAUUAGGUAUUGUAUUUUAAUUUGUAUGCUUGCAAUAUUAUUUAAUAUUUAAUGCCCAUAUUACUUACUAGUUAUAAAGUUAUAUACUAAUAUUUUGCCUGCAUUUAUUUUUAUACUGUACUUAAAACAACUUACGUAAUUAGAUUCCGUAAUAGAUAUGAAUAAUCUAGUUUUCCUCGCUAUGUAACUAGAAUCAAUCAUUUAUAGGAAAUUGAGUCAGUGCUUAGUUAAUUAGUAAUUUAUUAUUAUAGGUAAUAUUUAUUAUAAUUUAAGUUAUUUUAAAAUAGAUUUAAUUAUACAAUGUACCAGCAAUAUGCAUGUUUAUAAGGUUGUAUUAAAACUUUACACAUGUAUUUUAAACAAAAUAUAUAAGUAUUAUUUAUUAGCGUCAAAAAUAAAUUUCAUCGCUACUGAAAAUUAUCGAAAACAAAUUGGUAUUUAAACGUUGAAUUAUCAAUAUAAUCAAUAUUAUAAACUCAGAUUAGGAACUGUAUACAGUACCUAAAUAAUAAGUAUUUUUAUUUAAAGAUAUGUCAAAAUAGUGGCCCACAGACUAUCACAGACGCCGAACAAAACUAUAUACCCGCGUUUUGUGAUCACUCAUACAUGAAACUUAGGAAUACUUAUGCCAUUACAUGGAUAUAUAUUUGAAAAAGUGCACGUUGCCAAAAUAAUUAAUAAAGUAUUGAAAUUAUUUAAUCACAAACCAUGACUGUAAUUAUUUUUUGACAGUGUUUAAUACAAUACAGAGCUCUCUAUUUUUUUCGAUCGACAUAAGUGCGAUUGAAUAGAAUCGACAGGAUAACUGUUGUAAAAUUCAUAAAGUUUGUAAACUGCAUACAUGACUUUUAUAAGGACAUAAUAUGCUAGAAAUUAUAUUUAUGCUACAAAAUAAAUAUGUAUUCAAUAUUUAUAAACAUGAAAGUUGAAGUUUCUGUUGACGCCGAAAAAAAUAUCGGCAUGGGAAGAAAAAUGUAGGGACGUAUAAGAAUUAAUUAAUUGUACCCAUUAGUAUACGUUUAUAACUUCAUAUUGGCCUGGGUUUGUAAAUAAAUACUUUUUGCUAUUUAUUUACUUUUAAUGUAAAAUAAAUAAAUGUAUUUUAAAUAUUUUUGCUAUGACCGUAGGCUAUGCCUAAUCAUGAUAUUGUAGUCAAUUAAUGUCACAAUAAAUUUAGUUUAAUAUAGUUUUAUAGCAUUAUAUCGAAUAAGUAUCCGUCCGAUAAUAGUCUAUAUUUUUGAUACUCAAUUAGAAGUAACAAAAUAAAAUCUAAUAAAAAAAUUCUAAC